AUGACGGGAGUGUCCAUGCAGCAGGAUGUACAUGGGCUGCUAGACCAAGAUACGCCACGCAUUGGCAUAGAGCGAGAUCCGUUCGAUGCGCUCGACCGCUCCUCGCUCAUUGAGCGCGGCAGCACGCCGAACCCACUCUUGACGCCGGGCCCGGGCCAUGCGCAGGUGCCCUCGUCGCUGAUUGGUGUGCCGACGACCAGUGUGUCGCGUGUAGCUCCUGAUUUUACGAUGAAGCUGCCGCCGCCGAAGCCCAAAUCGAGUGCCGAUGCAACGAUGGACCGGAGCGCGAGCACUUCGUCGAUUGGAUACCUGCAUGUCCAGCUUCUGGAAGCGCGGAGACUGCCUGUAUCGAGCAUCGAGACCUCGCGCCCGUUUGUUGUGGUGCAGUUCGACAUGAAUGAGUAUGUGGGCGAUAGUUUUGACGGUGCUGCGGAUGCAGACAGCUCGCAGCCCCGCUGGCACCAUGCGAUCACCUUUGAUGUCACAUCGCGCAAUCAGAUUGCGUACGUGAGUGUGUACGACCGCCAGGGCACGCAAGAGACGCUGCUUGGCCUGUGCGAAAUCAGACCGCGCCUCAUUCACCGCUCCACCGCCAAACAGUGGUACACUCUGUAUACCCACGGCGACGAGUCAGGCGAGGCGUCGGAAACGCGCGGGGAGAUUUUGAUCCAGAUGUCGUACGAGCGCGUUGCGCAGCACCGCCUCGGCACCGCAGACUUUGAAUUUUUAAAGCUCAUUGGCCGCGGCACCUUUGGCCGGGUCUUCCAGGUGCGCAAACGCGACACGAAACGCAUCUACGCCAUGAAGGUGCUUUCCAAGCGCGAGAUUGCGAUGAAGAAAGAAGUCACACAUACCAUGGGCGAGCGCAAGAUUCUCGAGCAGAGUCUCUUGUGCCCGUUCCUCGUGGGGCUCAAGUUCAGCUUCCAGUCCGAGUCGGAGCUUUUUUUUGUCACGGACUACAAGUCGGGUGGCGAGCUCUUUUGGCACCUGCAGCGCGAGGGGCGAUUCACCGAGGCGCGUGCGCGGUUUUACAUUGCCGAGCUUACCCUCGCGCUGGAGCACCUGCACAAGUACAAUAUUGUCUACCGCGACCUCAAGCCCGAAAACAUCUUGCUCGACGCCACCGGGCACGUCGCACUCUGCGAUUUUGGGCUCAGCAAGGCCGAUCUGCAGGCAGGGCAGCUUACCAACACCUUUUGCGGCACCACCGAGUACCUCGCGCCCGAAAUUUUGCUGGACGAGACGGGGUACAGCAAGCUGGUUGAUUUCUGGAGCCUCGGCGUGCUCUUGUUUGAAAUGUGCUGUGGAUGGUCGCCGUUUUAUGCCGACGAUACGCAGCAGAUGUACCGCAACAUUUGCUUUGGCAAAAUCAAGUUUCCGCGCGGCGCCAUUGGCGACGAGGGAAAGCAGUUUGUCAAAGGGCUCUUGAACAGGAACCCGCGGCACAGACUCGGCGCGCAUGCAGACGCCCAGGAUUUGAAGAACCAUGCUUUUUUCGCGAGCAUCGACUGGGAUGCGCUUGCGCGAAAACAAAUCCCGCCCGUAUUCAAGCCCCUUGUCGUGUCGGACGAGUGCGUGGCCAACUUUGACCCAGAGUUCACAGAGUCGAGCGUCGCGGAGAUUGCCAAGCUUGCGGAGACUGCCGAGUCACUGGCCGUGUCCAAGGGCGACUCGGUCAUGCGUGCGCCGCCAAUGACGCACAGCAAGAGCGUCGCGAUCGGCGAGCGAAGUGUGAACGAGGCCGCGGAGCCGCUCUCGCGUAGCGUACAGGAAAAGUUCCGUGGGUUCAGCUAUACGGGGACGUAUGACGGCGUGGAGAGUGUAGGGCUCGAGCGCUUCGGUGCCGUCGAUUGGGGCACAGAAGAUGCCGCUACGGAGGAGGAGUGGACGGAGGAGGCAAUGGCCAAGCUGCAAUUGCAGGCGUGA